UGCCAGUCAGUGCCGCUUACCAGUGCCAGUCAGUGCAGCCUAUCAGUGCCAUCAGUGCCGCCUAUCAGUGCUGCCUAUCAGUGCCGCCAAUCAGUGCCAUAUAUGAGUGCUGUCUUUCAGUGCCCAUCAGUGAUGCCUGUCAAUGCCCAUCAGUGCCACCUACCAGUGCCUCCUUAUCAGUGCCCAGCAGUGCCACCUAUCAGUGUCCAUCAAUGCAGCCUAUCAGUGCCCAUCACUGCAACCUCAUUAGCGCACAUUAGUGAAGGAGAAAAAUCACUUAUUUACAAAAUUUUAUAA